ACGGCAGGAUGAAGUUCGCCGAGCACCUCUCCGCGCACAUCACUCCCGAGUGGAGGAAGCAGUACAUCCAGUAUGAGGCAUUCAAGGAUAUGUUGUAUUCAGCUCAGGACCAGGCACCUUCUGUGGAAGUUACAGAUGAGGAUACAGUUAAGAGAUAUUUUGCCAAGUUUGAAGAGAAGUUUUUCCAAACCUGUGAAAAGGAACUUGCCAAAAUCAACACAUUUUAUUCAGAGAAGCUGGCAGAGGCUCAGCGCAGGUUUGCUACACUUCAGAAUGAGCUUCAGUCUUCACUGGAUGCACAGAAAGAAAGCAUUGGUGUCACUACAUUGCGACAACGCAGAAAGCCGGUCUUCCACCUGUCCCAUGAGGAGCGUGUCCAACAUAGGAAUAUUAAAGACCUUAAGCUGGCCUUCAGCGAGUUCUACCUCAGCCUCAUUCUGCUGCAGAACUAUCAGAAUCUGAAUUUUACAGGGUUUCGAAAAAUCCUUAAAAAGCAUGACAAGAUUCUGGAAACAUCUCGUGGGGCAGAUUGGCGAGUGGCUCAUGUAGAGGUGGCCCCAUUUUAUACAUGCAAGAAAAUCAACCAGCUCAUUUCUGAGACUGAGGCUGUAGUAACCAAUGAACUUGAAGAUGGUGACAGACAAAAGGCUAUGAAGCGAUUGCGUGUCCCACCUUUGGGAGCGGCUCAGCCUGCGCCAGCAUGGACUACUUUUAGAGUUGGCCUAUUUUGUGGAAUAUUCCUUGUGUUAAAUAUUACCCUCGUGCUUGCAGCCGUAUUUAAACUUGAAACAGAUAGAACUGUAUGGCCCUUGAUAAGAAUCUAUCGGGGUGGCUUUCUUCUGAUUGAAUUCCUUUUUCUACUGGGCAUCAACACGUACGGUUGGAGACAGGCUGGAGUAAAUCAUGUCCUCAUCUUUGAACUUAAUCCAAGAAACAAUUUGUCUCAUCAGCAUCUCUUUGAGAUUGCUGGAUUCCUGGGGAUAUUAUGGUGCCUGAGCCUUCUGGCAUGCUUUUUCGCUCCAAUUAGUAUCAUCCCUAUAUAUGUGUACCCACUUGCCCUUUAUGGAUUUAUGGUCUUCUUUCUUAUCAACCCCACCAAAACUUUCUACUAUAAAUCCAGAUUUUGGCUGCUUAAACUUCUGUUUCGAGUAUUUACAGCUCCCUUCCAUAAGGUAGGCUUUGCUGAUUUCUGGCUGGCCGAUCAGCUGAACAGCCUGUCAGUGAUACUCAUGGACCUGGAAUAUAUGAUCUGCUUCUACAGUUUUGAGCUCAAAUGGGAUGAGAGUAAGGGCCUGUUGCCAAAUGAUCUACAAGAACCAGAAUUUUGCCACAGAUAUACAUAUGGUGUACGAGCCAUUGUUCAGUGUAUUCCUGCUUGGCUUCGCUUCAUCCAGUGCCUGCGCCGGUACCGUGACACAAAAAGGGCCUUUCCUCAUUUAGUAAAUGCUGGCAAAUACUCCACCACUUUCUUCACCGUGACCUUUGCAGCCCUGUACAGUACUCACAAAGAACGACGGCACUCAGACACUGAGGUGUUCUUUUACCUGUGGGUUGUCUUCUGUGUCAUCAGCUCCUGCUAUACCCUCAUUUGGGAUCUCAAGAUGGACUGGGGUCUCUUUGAUAAGAACGCGGGAGAAAACACUUUUCUCCGGGAAGAAAUCGUAUACCCUCAAAAGGCUUAUUACUACUGUGCCAUCAUAGAAGAUGUGAUACUGCGCUUUGCUUGGACUAUCCAAAUCUCUAUCACUGCUACGACUUUUCAGCCUCAUGUUGGGGACAUCAUUGCUACUGUCUUUGCCCCCCUUGAGGUUUUCCGGCGAUUUGUAUGGAACUUCUUCCGCCUGGAGAACGAGCAUCUGAAUAACUGUGGUGAAUUUCGUGCCGUGCGGGACAUCUCUGUGGCCCCCCUGAAUGCAGAUGAUCAGACACUCCUUGAGCAGAUGAUGGACCAGGAAGAUGGGGUGCGAAACCGCCAGAAGAAUCGGUCAUGGAAGUACAACCAGAGCAUAUCCCUGCGCCGGCCUCGCCUCGCAUCCCAAUCCAAGACUCGAGACACUAAGGUAUUGAUAGAAGAUACAGACGACGAAGCUAACACUUGAAUUCUCUGAAGUCUCGAUUAACAUCCUUGGUUUCCUACUCUACAAUUCUUCCCUUGACCAACGCAACCUCCAGCACCUUUUUCCAGCUGAGAACAGGAGAAAACAGAACACGUUCCCGGGCUCUUCAGAUCGGGUCCUAUGGACUCGAGCAAGCUCACUGUGUUUCUUUUCUUUUCUUCUGGUUUAAUCUUCAUUUUCUAUUUUUAAAACAAAAACUUCAUUUUGCCAAUCAGAGGAUGUUUUAAGGAACAAAAACCUAAUAUCUUAUGGAUUGUUUACAAUCACAAAGACACAGAUGCCCAUCAGGAUGAAGAACAGGCAUUGGAAGGAGGCCUCUGAUGGACGGCAUGGACAUAACUCAGCUUCCGCCUAGCCCGGUUUUGACUGUUUGAAACCGGACACUGAUUUUUAAAUUUUCUGUCAGUUUCUGUGGAGAGUUUUUUCCCUUCCUUCCUAGCCAGCAUAGAGCCACUGGCAGCACUUGCAGGGAAAGUGCAGCUUGGAGCAGCACCCUCCUCCACAAAGCUACUUUUUAAUUUGAUGUGGGUUUUCUCA